AUGACUACUCCGGCUGGGUCAGGGCCUGUGGCCCCUCUUCAGCUCACCCCGCUAGAGCGACCAGCCUUUGCUGCACUGUUCGCAGCCGCCGAUCCCGCCUCGAGUGGCAUCAUCACCGGAUCCUCGGCUGUACAAUUCUUUUCCAAGUCUAGACCCGCACUGGAUGGCACAGUUCUGGGCGCUAUCUGGAGCCUCGCAGAUCGCGCAAAUAAUGGUUUCCUGGGCAAAGCGGAAUGGGCCGUCGCAAUGCGUCUGCUCGGGCACGCCCAGCGUGGUACCGCGGCGGACCAAUUGGAAGGUAUGCUCUCCCAGCCUGGACCGCCGCCUAGCUUUGAGGGUGUCACGCUCCCGGGCGCUCAGGCUACGCCGACUCGGGCGAGCUCUGUUGCUCAAGUGCCACAAGUUUCGCCGGCAGAUCGAGCGCGAUACACUCGCAUCUUUGCCAGCUCUGGACCUGUCAACGGUCUACUAGACGGUGAGUAAGGCUGCAUGGAGAGGGUAUCAUGUCUCAAGGCUGACGUCGGUACCUGACUCUCGCUCUUCAGGCGAGAAAGCAAAGGGCAUUCUGGUCCGCUCGAAGCUCCCUUUCGACCAGCUUGGUCAAAUCUGGGGACUUGCGGAUACACGAUCUCGCGGCGCUCUGGACUUGACGGAUUUCAUCAUCGCCAUGCACUUCCUGCAAGCUUCGAUGAAUGGCUCGCUCGGUAGCGCUGGGCUUCCUGCGACCCUACCACCGGGUCUCUACGAGCAGGCCGCCGUAGGCGCUGCUGUCCCUCCUGGCAGUCCCUCUCGUGGCUUGACAGCGCAGCAUACUGGCGGCAGUAUUCCCGGUGGUAUUCCGCGGCAGCUCACUGGGCAGGGUUUCUCCCAAGCGCCCACCUCUCCACCCGCUUCUACCAUCCGCCAGCCUUUAGGAGCAAGACCCUCUGGUUUCUUGAGUCCACAGCAGACGGGCGCUGCUGUAGUGCCCACGCUGGCAGGCGACUGGCUUGUUAGUCCUGCAGAUAAGGCGAAGGCGGAUCGAUUCUUCGACGGGCUGGAUACCGAGCGUAAAGGUACGCUGGAGGGUCAAGCUGCUGUGCCUUUCUUUAUGCAGAGCGGUCUUCCAGAAGCAACUCUUGCCCACGUCUGGUGAACUUGAUCGAUGUAGCGUCUACCUCAGAUCGCAUGUGACACUGACGAGAGUCGUUCCUUCUCGCAGGGAUCUGUCCGACAUCACACAGUCUGGUAAUCUGAGCCGGGAGGAAUUUGCUGUGGCAAUGCACCUCAUCAAUGGGGCUUUGACGGGAUCGCAAUUGCCUCAAGAGCUUCCAGCUGGUUUGAUUCCGCCCAGUCUACGGGGCCGAGAUCUUCCGGCUGCCGUCAAUCCUCAAGAGUCUGACACCCAGAAAGAUCUGUUUAGUCUUAUGGACGACGACGAACCCGCCGCACUUCCAGUCAAUCCUGCCAGUGCCUUUGUCAAGCCAACAUCUUCGGUAUCUGCUGUUCCGCCGCCUCCCGCACCGAAGGGCACCGGACCUUUCGACGACGAAUUCUUCAGCGGGCCUGCGGCAGCUGCAGCUACCCCAAGCGCUCUGUCGCCUGCCGUCACCGGCAACAAUUCCGCAAUCCGAGCUGCAGCGUCACCUGUGCCGCCAGUUACCGACGCUUCGGCCGAGGUGGGCAACAGGAGACUGGCUCUGGACAGCACAAACAAAGCGCUCACCGGGCUGCAAAGUAAACGGGCCGAACUCGAGCAGACCGUAAGCACGAACUCUACAGAUAUCGCUGAGCUCGAAUCGCGUCUGACCGUCGUGCGAGCAACUCAUGACAAGGAGUCUGCCGCAGUGAAGACACUCCAAGAGAGAGCGACCUCACAGGCAGGUGAGCUCAAGACGCUCCGCGAAGAGACGAUUCGGGCGGAAAGCGACCUUUCAGCUCUGCGAGCUGAAAAGGACGAGAUAGAGCAGACUGUGCUCCGCGAUCGCGAGGACGUGCGCGAUAUGAAGAAGCGUAUGGCAGAGCUGCAGGCCGAGAACAACACACUUCGUACUGCGCUCGAGAAGCUUCGAAAGGAAGCUCGUCAGCAGAAGGGCUUGACUGCAAUCUCGAGGAAGCAAUUAUCAUCUGCAGAGAGCGAAGGCGACAAGCUCCGCUCCGAUAUUUCUGCUGUCGAGAGCGGAGAAGUGCUCGAGAGCGGUGAUCACCCAACCACAGGGGCUGGUCAAACGCCUGCAAGCGUGACGUCUCCCGUGCUCAGUCCAGCAGGCAGCAUCCGCAGCACGAAUCCGUUCGAUCGUUUUCACGCUGCCAACGCGGAGUCCGCUCCAGGCACUCCUCAUGCACGCACAGCUUCUUUGGCAGCUGGCGUUGCUGCAGCGGGUGGGGCUCUGGGUCUCGCAGGCGCAGCUGUGACGCACGCAGGGGCACAGGCAGGCGCGGAUGCGGGUGCCACGCCAACAGCGCCGCCUGCAGCUGCCAACGAUGUGGAUCCAUUCGGUGUACCCAAGCCAGGUCUUGGUCCCACGCCGCCACAAGAGAGCAACGCUGCCUUCGAUGAUGAUUUUGGGCAAGCUGAAAUGGACAGCGAGGCACCCAAGCAGGUUGUUGCCGCACCUUCGCUGGAGCGCAAAACGACCGGUGGAUCAGCCUUCGACGAAGCGUUCGCUGAUCUUGAGGGCGAGUCGGUUGCUCUCCCUCCUACUACGAUCGCCGAGGCGGCGGACGUGCAACCCAUCGCGGAACACACAACUGCUCCAGUAACGGCCGCCGCUGAGAGCGUCACGGCUCCCGCUGACGCGUUCCAAGACUUUGAAGACAGCUUUGCGCCUCCCGGUGCCAUCGGCGCGGUCAGCGAGGGUGCUGCUGAGAUACCGCCCACUGCUGCGUCACCUGCCUCGAAAAAGCGCGAAGUCCUUGGCGACGGGGGGUUUGCCGCGCACUCCAUCCUCGCAGAUCAUCCGCCCGCUGCUGAGCCAUCACUCGGCGUCUCAGAGUUCAAGGGCAAAGAGCCACGAAGAGACGAAGAGGAUGCGGACAGCUCGGAUGAUGAUGAAGGGCCUGAAGACAUUGAGCGCGUUACCUCGCCUGAAGAGGCAGGCUUGGGCAAGACACCCCAGGCACCUCUGGCGUCCCUGCCACCCGCGAUUACCACGACGCAAGCGGCUGAGCGGUUCCCUGAACUAGAUGAGGGCAACGUUAUGCCCGUUUCGUCUUCGCUUGAAGCCGCUUCAGGCCCUACGACAGCCCCUCUCACCGCUCAGACGACUGGAGAUGAUACGUUUGUGGAUGCUCCGUCCGAAACUCCCAACACGGCUAGCGGCUUUGGAGCAUCGCAGUGGGCGAAUGCGUCGGGCGUGACUAAUACUGCCUCAUCUAACGGUGCCCCUUCAGAAGACUUUGGGCACGAGCGAUUCACCACGGCUGCAGAGCCGGCUCUCGCCUCCAGUGCAGGUAUAGCGCAGCCCUCGAACGCCAGCGAGCGCUCGUUGAGCCCUGGCGUAACCAAGAAUCGACGCGCACCCCCUCCGAAGCCCGUGCGCAACACUGCAGCAAGUGCGGACGCCAGCAGUCCUUUCCAGGAGACUGUUGCUUUGCCAGCGGCGGUGGACGAGUUCGGUAUUGCAGCAACUACAGGCGCGCAAGUUACAAGGGGUCCUUCUACGGCGACUUCUUUCGACGACUUUGACUCGGCCUUCGAGGACUUGGGUCCGGCUGCUCCUGCUACCAAUACGGCUACUUCCACCAGUACUGGUGCGCCUCCCUUGCCUAGUUUCGACGACGCAUUCGGGGACGCAGAUGGAUUCGACUUCGUUCCGUCCUUCAGCACAUCUAACGGGCAAACGGCACCGAAUGCUGCUGCGCCGAUCACUGCACGUGGAACGACUCCGCCAGCAAACGACGCCUUUGGCAGUGCAUUUCCACAGACUGCUCAGGCGGCCCCCAGCUCGGAUGCGAUUCCUGGCGGGUUCGGAUUCGAUGACUUUGCUGCAUCAUUCAACGCAAGCUCCGGCGCCAAUGGAGCUGAGCAAAACAGCAACACGAGCAGCGGAUUCUCAUUUGCGGAUGAAUUCAACCCUACUCCCGCCAUGGCCGCGCCCAGCACAGGCGGACCUUAUCUCCCACCACCAGGUCCUCCUCCCGCGUCAGGUCUAGCGCCCUCUUCUGCAGCGCCCCCUUCGCUGCCUGGCCGAGGAGGCGGUGUCAGUCCAGCCCCCUCUCCUGCUGCCGCCGAUGAUGCUGGACCAGUCAGACAAUUGUGCGCGAUGGGCUUCUCGAGGGAAAAAGUGAUUCAAGCGCUGGAAAAGAGCAACUACAAGGUGGAUAGAGCGCUCGAGAGACUCCUUGCUGCCGCUUGA